AUUAUUGCUGUCCCCGUUAGUGGUAUUCCGUACAUUCAAAUUGGUUUUAUUAUUGUUUUGUAAAUUUUGAGUUUAUUUUCCAUGCUGAGUUUGGAGUUUCGACUAGUUAGCCAGUACAUCUGUCUUCUUUUUAUCCGAAGGCGAAAACGUGAGGUUCGUUUUCUCAGGGACCGUAUUCUUUUUAUGUGACGCCAAAUUUAAACUCCUUCGUCGAUAUCUAAACCGCUUUGCCUUCUCGGCUAAUUACAUUUCUAACACUGCAAGAGUAUAUGUUACACUAUUGCCAUACCCACAUAUUUUCACGAAUUAUAAUUAUAAUUAAGUUACUAUGUUAAGUUAUAUAUUAUAAUUAAGUUACUUCUGAAGUAAAUGCAUAACCCUUUAAAUACAGGAACAUUUCCUAUGUUUAAGUCGGAUGGCUAUUUUAUCUAGGCGUUUUUUGUAGUUUAUGAAUUUUCAAUAGCGUUUUGCGAGGCAAGGAUUAUCGUGUCACCUGCAAAUGUGACAGGUAUAAUUUUUCAUCGGUAUAAUCUGCCGUAUAAUAAGAUAAUUAAGAUACAAGCACAUUAAAUAAUAUGUAACACUUCCAAUAGAUCUGUGAAUGAAUGAAAAAUCAGGAAAUAAAAAAAUAAAAGAUAUGAAUAAAUAAAAUAAUAAUCCACAAAAUAAUAAUAUAAAUAAUAUCCAUAUUGACGUUUCUAAUCAUAGAAGUCAAAAUUUCUGAACUCAAGAUAAUGUGAAAAUCAUAGUUUAAUAGAAUCAUUGAAUUCAUUUUGGAGUCAGCUAUAACUCUAUCAAAUUAAGAAUAUAUAGUGUUAUUUGCAAAAAUCAAGCAAAUUUUUUUAUUGUUGUUUCUAACCAAAUUGAGACUGAUCCUUUGCUUUAAACAAUUUUUUGUGAGAUUAAUGGAAAUGCCACGUAAACAAUAAGUGCCCCUCAACUAUACUCCUGUACAUACGAUAAGUAUUCAAACAGUUCCAUUACAGUACAUAGCUAUGAAAUGUUGAUUAGAUAACAAUAAUACAUACAUAUGUAUAUAUUUGCCAUCAUACUUAUAUACUUAAAUAUAUGUAUGUACUUUGUUCCAUUAUAUUAACUUGUACGCAAGUGGGUUUAGUGGAACAAAUAAGUAGUAACAGACCUAUCAGAAUAUAAACUGUGUUACAUUUACUUCGUCAGUAAGAAUUAAAAUAAAAUGCAGAUAAAUAUUAUACUUAUUAUAUUCAUUUUUGCUUCAUUAUUUACGGGCAUUGUUGGACUAUCACUCAUUUAUAUGGAGGCCUACAUGCCUAUUUUGAUAGUUCGUUUGUUUCGUUACGGUAAAUACUCUGUUACUUAUCAAUCAAUAAUUAAAAAUGCAGAAGUACCUAAAAGAUGGUUUAAACAUUUUUAUGUUUUGGCUGCACCAGUUUCAAGCUAUGUCUUAUAUUUAAUAAUUUGUAAAUUUUUAUGGACGGGUAAUAGUCCCAAAACUGUUAUAUGGAUAUUAAAUAUAUGUUUGGGAUCAUUCAGACAAGCACUAGUAUCACCAGAAAGUACAUUUAUAGCAACUCUACUUUUAACUUUACACUGCUGGAAACGAUUUUAUGAAACACAUUUUGUAAAUAUCUUUAGUGAUAAUAUGAUGAAUAUUAGCCAUUACUUAAUGGGAUACAUACAUUACAUAGGAACCUUUAUAUGUAUCAUAGGUGAAUCUGAUGGUUUUGUUGAAGGUUCAGAAGGAAACUUUUCCUGGAGAAGAAUUACAUACGUACAACUAAUAUGUGCUAUUAUUUGUGUACUAUCAUCAUAUGUACAACUCAGGACAAAUUUUAUUCUUAGUAACUUACGAUGUAAUAAAGAUAGAAAGAUUAUUUCCACAGCAUAUAAAAUACCACAUGGUGGUCUGUUUGAGUAUAUAUCAGGCGCAUUACAAUUUACAGAGAUAAUUAUUUAUAUACUACUUUCUAUUAUCUUAUGGCAAAGUACUAAUUUUCAUUAUAUUACAUUUUGGGUCAUAAUUAAUCAGACUGUUACUGCUAUACUGACUCACAAAUGGUAUAUACGAACAUUUAAAAAUUAUCCAAUGUCGCGAAGAAUUCUACUUCCUUAUAUUUUUUAAGUAUGACAAAAUUCUUUUUAUUAUACAUAUAAUGUUAUUACAGAAAUCUUAAUUAUAUUUACGAAGUAAUAUUAUAAUUAAAUGAAAGAAGUGAAACAGUUAUAUCUCCUUAAUAAUGUAUAUCUUUUUAUAACAUUUGAAAUAAAUUAUAUUAAGCAA